AACACUUAUCCAUUGUACAAGGAUUUUCUAUUAACUCUCUUGGGAAAACAAAUAAUAUUUUAUUGAUAAAUAUGUCAUCAUCAGAACAAUCAAUGAUUGUACAAUCAAAAUUUGUCUCAGGAGAGACUGCAAUGGAAGCAUCAUUGAUACAAAGUUGGGUUAAAGCUGCACGAAUUAUAGCACUUCUUAACAAAGGAACUACUCAUGCAUUGGUUAUUUUAAUUACUUCAAGAACGCCUCCUCAAGUUUAUAGUGAUCUUACAAUAGAAAGAGUAUUGCCUAUUGAUCAAGACUUCAAAUGUAAUAUAAAUACUGAUGAAAAGCAACAAGAUGGUUUAGAUGUUUAUCUCAAUGUUACAUCAAGAAAGUUACAUUUAGUAUUUGAAAUGAAGCCUGGUGUAGCAACCAGUUCCUUGGUAUCUGAAGUAUUUAGAGCUAUAGAAAUAUACCAAAAAACUAAGAAUUCAGCAUCAGAAUUUUUAUGGGUUCAAAAAUUAACAGGAAAUACACGUAACUUGAGUUCUAAUAUCAAUGAAGAAAUACAAGAUAAUACUGAUCCAUUGGUAGAUUUAGAAAGUCCAGUUUUAGUUGUAACAAGACGCAGUAUUGCUUCUGGCAAAUCACCAGUAGCUGCCAGAGAGUCAGCAGUAAGAUAUCAAAUGGCAUGCAAAGAAGAUGAUUAUACAUACAGCAAAAUCUUUCGUAUAUUUAUUGGCACAUGGAACGUAAAUGGCCAACCACCAAAUGGUAUUAAUUUGCAUGAAUGGUUGAGUUAUGAUAAAACACCUCCUGAUGUAUAUGCAAUUGGAUUUCAAGAAUUAGAUUUAACUAAAGAAGCAUUUCUUUUCAAUGAUACUCCAAGAGAAGAAGAAUGGAGACAAGUUGUAGCAAAAUCUCUUCAUCCAGAUGGUGUAUAUGAUCAAGUAGCUAUUGUGAGAUUAGUUGGUAUGAUGUUACUUAUAUAUGCUUUACAUAGUCACGUACCAUACAUAAAAGAUGUAUCAGUUGAUACAGUAGGUACUGGUAUCAUGGGCAAAAUGGGCAACAAAGGAGGAGUAGCAGUAAGCUGUUCUAUUCACAAUACAUCUAUUUGUUUUGUUAAUGCUCAUUUAGCAGCACAUUGUGAAGAAUACGAAAGACGAAACCAAGAUUAUGCAGAUAUAUGUGCGCGAUUAUCUUUCGCAAAAUAUGUUCCGCCUAAAAGUUUUAAGGAUCAUGACCAGAUUUAUUGGUUAGGAGAUUUGAAUUAUCGAAUAACAGAAAUGGAUGUUCUAGUUGCUAAACAACAUAUAGAGGCAGAAAAUUAUGCUCCUCUCUUAGCUUUAGAUCAAUUAGGCCAACAACGACAAUUAGGCCGUGUUUUACAAGGAUUUCAAGAAGCAGAAAUUACAUUUAAACCAACAUAUAAAUAUGAUCCAGGCACUGAUAAUUGGGAUUCAAGUGAAAAAGGCAGAGCUCCAGCAUGGUGUGAUCGUAUACUAUGGAAAGGAGAAGCAAUUACGUCUAUAGAUUACAGAAGCCAUUCUGAAUUAAAAAUUUCGGAUCAUAAACCCGUUAGUGCAAUUUUUGAUUCUCAGGUCAGGAUCAUAGAUAUGACAAAGUAUCGUAAAAUUCAUGAAGAAGUUAUGAAAAAACUUGAUAAAUUAGAAAACGAAUUUUUACCGCAAGUGAUGGUUGAUACAACAGAAAUCAUAUUUGAUACUUUGAAAUUUCUUGAACCCAGUAGCAAAGAACUUAUUAUUGCCAAUACUGGCCAGGAGAGAAAUGUGAUACUAGAUUUGAAAUAUAUGUUGACAAAAAAUCGGCAUGUAAAUUGAAUUCCGGAGAAGAUAAGUUAUAUGACAUUUUAAUUUUACAUCUAGAAGGAGGAAAGGAUAUAUUUAUAACUGUUACAGGAAAAUAAUAAAAAUCUUUCUCAAGAACCAUAUGCUAUACCUAAAGAAAUAUGGCUAUUAGUUGAUAGAUUGUAUCGACAUGGCAUAAAAACGACAGGGCUUUUUGAAACACCUGGACUUCCUAGUGAAAUUAUAGCUAUAAGAGAUUGGUUAGACAAUUGGAGCCAAGAUCCAAUGCCUGGUAGCGUACAUUCGGUUGCAGAAGCAUUACUUUUACUUUUAGAAUCUACAACAGAACCUCUAAUCCCGUAUAAUUUGCAUAGUGUAUGCUUAUCCGCAGCAACAAAUUAUUUACAGUGCAAACAGAUUGUAAUGCAACUUCCAGAAAUAAGAAGAACAGUUUUUGUUUAUAUUUGUUACUUUUUGCAAGAGUUAUUAAAUCAUACUCAAGAUAAUGAAUUGGAUGCUAAAACUCUCGCAACAAUAUUUGGAUCAAUUUUCUUAAGAGAUCCACCAAGAAGUAGAGGCGAUAGAAAUCAAAGAAGUCGUACUCAGAUCGUUCAAGCAACAAUUGAUCGAAAAAAAGCUGCAUUUGUUUACCAUUUCUUAGUAAAUGAUCAAAGUGAUUUUAUUCUUGGUCGAUAGUAAUAUUUAAAACUUAAAAACAAGUAUUUAUUAAAUGCACUUUAAAUUCAGCUGAAAAAGAAAUAAAACAUUUUGUUUAGGAGAAAAUAAUCAUAUAAGUAGCAGUAUAUUAAAUAAAUAUUUUGUCACAUUAUUUCUAUAAUAGUACU